AUGACCGAGUCACAAAAUGAAAUUCACAUUAAUAAACUUCCUCCAAAAUUCAUUGUUAGAACCGAAAUUAGUGAAGACGAUGAAUACAAAAUAGACGUUAUAGAAAACAAUAAAAACUGGUCCGGUAUUUUCACUACUGCCAGUAUGAAACAAUUUGCAGAAGGACUGGGAUCAUCGUUAGAAGAUUAUAAAAGUAAUGUUAAAUAUGUUUUAACAACCCAUGAUGGUGUGCCUUAUUGCACUUAUAGCAUUGAAGACAAAUAUUUUAUAUGUCGCAAAGAAAUUAAAAAUACUUCUAUGAAAUCUGCAGUUUUUAAAAUAAAACUUGAAGUAAAUAAGAAUCUUUCUAACAUAAAUGUAAUUGAUGAUUUAAUUGAACAAAACACAAUGUUGAAAAUGCAACUAGAGCAUGUCAACUCUCAGCAUAAAAGUCUUAAUGAAACAAAUGCAGAACUUAUACUUAAAGUGAAUAAAUAUAGGCAAUUAAAAAUUGAUAUGGAAGAAGAAUUAUAUGGAAAAUUUUUGUUAUUGUUAAAUCAAAAGAAGGAGAAAAUAAGGGAAUUACAAAAUAUCAUUAAUUCAACACAAAGUAAAGAAAGGAUUGAAGAAAUUGAUGAAAAUAACUCGAGUAGCCCUUUGGUCAUAAGUGAUAGCGAUCAUGAUGAUUUCAUGGAAUUGAAUUCUCAACAUUGUUUAGAUGAAAUUUCAAGCACCAUACCAAAAUUUAGUACAGAUGUUCCUUCAAGUUCAAAUGCGAAAAGACCAAGGCGUUUAAAAAGCUUGAAAGCCACACCUUCUACUUCAACAUCUAGUUCUUACAAAAACGAUCAUAAAAAUGCAGAUGAAUUACUAGAUGAAUUUGAUUAA